AAUGCUAAAGAACUAUAGAGGCACAAAAUAAUGGCACAAGCAGAAGUCCAUAUCUUGCAAGUGUUACGUUAUCCUAUAAGCUUUCUUCUGCACUAGCAACAAUAUUUAUUUCUUUUUUUUUUCCUUUGCACUUGAUUAGGAUUUACUCUUUGUUCCCUUAGGGGGAUUAUACAAACAUAUAAAACUAAGGGGCAGGCGUAAACAGACACAGUUCUUCUUAAGUACAGCUAUCUAUUAUUGAGAGAAAGGCCGAGUGUGGAAAUGCGCGCAAGACGUUGGAUUUGAACCAGAUUUGGCUUCAAUCGAUCAGUGGAGAAGAAUAUUGCUGAUGGUAACCAAAGACGCAGCUAUGUCUUUCUCUCAAUUUGGAUAUCCUUACAAUGCAACAUCUCAGUUUUUCGUGUCGUCAAAGCCCAGUACGACUUGCUGCGAUUCGAUUUCCAGGUCGGUACCGGACGGUUCGAGCGCUCCACAGGCCGCCGCAGCCGCAGCCGCCGCCGCCUCCUUCUGCUGCCCGCCCGCCUGUGAGAAGCGGCUGUCGGGAGCGCGCGCGGAGCUGAGUGCAGCGCUCGGGGUCUACGGCUCACCGUACGCGCCGGCACACGCAUACGCCAACUACUUCCAAUACGGAGCGGAUUCCUCUGCCAUCUACUCCACACUGAAUCCUCAGUACGAGAUUAAGGAAAGCACAGGAAGCCUUCAUGGUGGGAUCAGCCAGCCCAACGCGUACUACCCGUAUGACCACUCGCUGGGCCAGUAUCAGUAUGACAGGUAUGGGGCUGUUGAUUUUAACAGCUCAGCCAGGAGGAAAAACGCCACACGCGAGACGACAAGUACACUCAAAACAUGGCUUUACGAGCACCGCAAGAACCCGUAUCCAACCAAGGGCGAGAAGAUCAUGCUGGCCAUCAUCACCAAAAUGACCCUCACCCAGGUUUCCACCUGGUUUGCCAACGCCCGGAGAAGACUAAAGAAGGAGAACAAGAUGACCUGGUCACCCAAGAAUAAGGCCGUGGAUGACAAGAAGGAGAUUCUGGAUAAGACAGACCAGGAAUCUGUCACUAAAGACGCUAAAGACUGCAAGGAGGAUCGGGACAUUCGUCUUAGUGACCUUGACAACAUAGAAGAUGAGGAUGAGGACUGUGACAAGCUAGACAGUGACUGUGAGAAACCCAGCCAAGAUAUGGCAUCGCUCUCUCUGCCCUCCCUGCCUAUCUCCAGCACUCCAAAGAGAGACUGCAGCUCUGACCUUCCUUCCCCCUCCAGCUUCCCUGCAUUCCCCUGCAAAGUGAAAGGUGUUAUGGCACUCGUUCCUGACUUGGACACUUCAGCCUUCAAACAGCAAUCACAACAGCUUCCCGCUUUACAUCAUGCUUCUGUUGGUCCCAUUUCCCUGCCUAAUUUCCAAGUACUGGAUCAGAAGCCAAGGAUUUGGUCCCUGGCCAGAACCGCUGCUUCUGGAAUGACCCAGCACAGACAGGAUUUACAAACUGAAUGCCAGCUACAAGCUGCCCGGGUGCCAGUGGUGGGAAGUGGUGGGCACUGUGCAGGUUCCAAGGGUCUCCAAGACCACACAAACUUGGGGAACUCUGAGAGCUUGUUUGAAGAAGGAGCCCCGGGGCUGAAUAAGGUGUACAGUGCAGCGAACUACAGAGGCCUACAACUCCACUGUUCCUCAUACCAGGCUGUUACAGACUCCUAUCAGUACUCCACCAUGGAAGGAUUCUGCAGCGGAGGGAAGUCUGACACAGAGUCCUCUGAGCUUAGUGACGCAUGUCUAACGCUGCAGGAUGCCAAGACGACCGCUUUCAGACCUGUGAUGAAGAGGUGAGGCAGGCUGACCGAAGCGCUGUCCUUAAGCACCGGCACGUUUCUGUAACUUCAUUUAUUCACUGUGGACCCGAAAUGAAGAAGAUGAAGAGAAAAGCGCGUGACCAACCGGAACUCGCCAUGCGCGCGCGACCAGCCAGCCAACGGAGGUAGCCAGCAUUUUGCACAAUAUGAUUCUUGACGGUGUUAAUGACUUUAUGCAAUGUUUGAAAAAAAAAAAAUAAUGCAACUGUUAUUAAAAAAAAUAUCCGUGUGUUCUGAUGUCCGCACCGGCAAUCGUAGUUUAGUGAUUAUGUAUUUAUAAUUUUAAUAUUCACCCGCUAUUUAUUUCGCACCAUGCGUCUUCUCUGUGUUUUGUUGUGAACUACUUCUUGUUCUCAGUGUUUACCUUUUUUUCUUUCUAUUUUUGAGGAUAAAUGUGAAGCUUAUUGUUGGUCUGUUUUUAUUUAAUGUUGGGGAAACUGAAUAUAGAAGCUUAAAGAGUGCUCUAUAUUCUCGGGAAAAUAUAACGGCAUUAAUAAUGACUUUGACCCAUCAGUAUUCCGUUUAUAAGCUAUUUUAUAAGAAUGCAUUUUCCUCCCAAAGUUUGUUCAUUUCUGUGUCAUGAUUUCCUUGCUUACUAAUGAGCUGAUUAAACCUUUAAAACAUUUCAAACUCUUCACCUGAUUCACGUUUUUGGAGAAUUAAUAAUAA